UCUCAUAGCGGGUCAGUCCUCGGAACCAAACAUGGGGACAGACGGACUCAAAACUACAUUAGGGCUCAUCUACCUGACGCUGCUGGUCGGCGGCUCACUUUCUCAGACUGUAAACAUCAUUCCGUCUCUACAGAGGCCGGAGCUGAUGACAGCAAAUGCAAAUCACAUCGGCCGAGUGUGCACCACUUGGGGAAACUAUCACUGGAAGACCUUUGAUGGAAAUUACUUCCAGCUUCCCUCCACCUGUAACCAUGUCACCACCUACCAGUGUGGGGAAAGCUACGAAAAUUUCAACAUCCAGAUGAGGCGCAAGGUGGUUGACGACGUCCCCACCAUCAGCAACAUCAUUAUGAUGAUUGACGGCUCUGUGGUGGAGCUGUCGCAGAAAUCAGUGGAAGUCAACGGACAGACGGUGACUCUGCCACACGUCUCAUUCGGGGUGACGGUCACGGGGGACUCAAACAGUGUCACGGUCGAAGCCAAGCUAGGAAUAACAGUCGUGUGGAACAGGGACGACUCGCUGGAUAUUGAAAUGAAUGGCCAAUACCAGAACCAGACAUGUGGACUCUGUGGAGAUUUUAACGGGAUAUCUAAUGAUCUGACGAAGGACGGAGUUCAGCUGUCUGUGGCCGACUAUGCUGACAUCUCCAAGGUGGACGGGCCGACAGAGAGCUGUGAGGAGCCUGAGAUCAACCAACAGCAGAACUGUGGCCAUAAGGCACUCUGUGAGCAGAUCUUCUCCAGCGCUCCAUUCAGUAGUUGCCAAAACCUUCUGGAUCUGGACGCCUUUACCAAAAUCUGUAUGGCUGAUAUGUGCAACACUGAAAAUGACAACGACAGCUCUGUCCUCUGCAAAACCAUCUCAGAGUUCUCCAGACAAUGUGUCCACGCUGGCGGCAGGCCCCAACAAUGGAGGAAUGAAAGCUUUUGCUAUAUGAAAUGUCCAUACAACAUGGAGUUCAUGGAGUACAGCAAUCCAUGCAUUGACACCUGCUCCACCCCUCAGGCCAGCCUGACAUGUGACAGCCACUUCUAUGACAGCUGCCGCUGCCCUGCUGGAACUGUCUAUGAUGACAUCGGGGAUGGUGGCUGUAUUGUAGCCAAUCAGUGUCCCUGUAAGCACAACAACAAAGUCUUCCAAUCAGGACAGUCGUACACUCACGCCUGUAGAUCCUGUGUGUGUAUGAGUGGCCAGUGGCGGUGUACGGAGGAGAACUGUCCAGGAGUCUGCUCCGUGGAGGGAGGAAGUCACAUCAACACCUUUGAUGGGAAAGUCUACACCUUCCAUGGGGACUGCUCCUACGUCCUGGCUAAGCCAAAUAAUGGCUCCAUGUACACUGUGCUGGUCAACCUGGUGAAGUGCGGUCUGGGUGAAAGUCGGACCUGCCUCAGAGCUGUAACUCUGAGCUUAUACAGCAACUCUGUGGUUGUUAAAAUUCAGGCGUUGGGUCAAGUCUAUGUGAACCAGAUUCUUUCUCAGCUCCCUCUGUUUACACCCGAGCUGAGUGUCUUUAAGCCAUCGUCCCACUACAUCCUCACUAAUUUCAAGGGGGGCAUUCAAGUGUUGGUCCAGCUGGUCCCCACGAUGCAGGUCUUCAUCACAGCUCAACCUUCACACAAAGGACAGACUGCUGGUUUGUGCGGAAACUUCAACAACAUAAUGAUUGAUGACUUCAGGACGGUCAGCGGGCUGGUGGAGGGCACCGCGGCAGCGUUCGCCAAUUCAUGGAAAACUAGAGCAAGCUGCCCCGACAUUAUACCACACCCUCUUGGAUACCCCUGUCGCCAAAGUAUCAGCAAAGAGAGUUACGCACAGUAUUGGUGCUCCAAAAUAUCAGACCCUGAAGGAGUGUUUGCCCCGUGCCACUAUAUGGUUAGCCCUGACACCUACAGAGAUAACUGCAUGUACGACACCUGUAACUGUGAGAAAAGUGAGAACUGCAUGUGUGCUGCGGUCUCCUCGUAUGUCUACGCCUGUGCCACCGCAGGAAUCCAGAUCGAGGGCUGGAGGGACAACGUCUGUGGCAAAUUCAGCACAUGUCCAGUAGGACAAGUGUAUCGCUACAACAUGACCAGCUGCCAACGUACCUGCCGGUCCAUCAGCCAGCCCGACUACUCUUGCCAGACCAAGUUCACCUCAGUGGACGGCUGUGGCUGUGCAGAGGGAACCUACAUGAACGAGAAGGGGAUGUGUGUGUCCAGUUCAGCCUGUCCCUGCUACGUCAGUGAUGACAUCAUACCUGCUGGGCAGGCUGCCAGCAGAGACGGCGUCACAUGUUACUGCAGAAAAGGAACGUUGAGCUGUCCAGGAGAGACCCAGCUAACAUCCAAACCAACAUGCGUUUCCCCCAUGGUUUACUUUGACUGCUCUACUGCUGACCCUGGGUCCACUGGGACUGACUGUCAGAAGAGCUGCGGCACUCUGGACAUGGCUUGUAUCAGUGCGGGCUGUACGUCAGGCUGCAUGUGCCCUUCUGGCCUGGUGUCUGAUGGAGCAGGAGGCUGUGUCACUGAAGCCAACUGUCCAUGUCUGCACAAUGGACAGGCCUAUCAGCCUGGAGAGACUCUGACUGUGGAGUGCAACACCUGCACCUGCAAAAACCGAAAGUUCAGAUGUACCGAAAAAGUGUGUGAUCAAGUUUGUGGGAUUUAUGGCGACGGUCACUACACCACAUUUGAUGACAAGAGGUUUGACUUCAAUGGAGAGUGUGAAUACACACUCAUACAGGACAACUGUGGUGGUGGUCAGAGCAAUGGAAGCUUCAGCAUCAUCAGUGAGAACGUUCCCUGUGGAACCACAGGAACCACCUGCUCCAGGGCCAUCAAGAUCUUCAUGGGGGAUAAUGAAUUCCAACUUAAAGAUGACAGCUUCCAAAUGGUAAAGGGCAGCAGUGAGGUGUUCCCUACUCAGAUACAAAAGAUGGGUAUUUACCAGGUGGUGACGAUCAUGGAGGGACUUGUCCUCAUGUGGGACCAGAAGACCAGUCUUUUCAUUAAACUCAGCCCCAAGUUCCAGGGUAAAGUCUGUGGUCUGUGCGGAAACUACGAUGGCAACAUCAGGAAUGACUUCACCACACGCUCCCAGGAGACAGUGGCAGACGUUCUGGAAUUUGGUAACAGUUGGAAGGUUUCAUCCACCUGCCCAAAUGCCCGGCUAGUCAGCGAUCCCUGUUCCUCCAACCGCUACCGAGCAGCCUGGUCUCAGAAACAGUGCAGCAUCAUCACCAGUGUCACCUUCCAGUCCUGUCAUUCAAAGGUUGAUCCUGGUCCCUACUAUGAUUCUUGUGUGAGAGAUUCUUGUGCUUGUGACACCGGUGGGGACUGCGAAUGUCUCUGCACAGCUGUGGCUGCCUACGCCAAAGCUUGUAAUGGAGCUGGGGCCUGCAUUGCAUGGAGAACUCCAAAGCUGUGCCCUGUUUUCUGUGACUACUAUAACAGACAUGGUGGCUGUGCUUGGCACUACAAGCCCUGUGGAGCUGACUGCAUGAAGACAUGUAGGAAUCCAUCAGGAAACUGUUCAGAGCUCAUCACUGGCCUGGAAGGGUGCUAUCCAAAGUGUCCCUCCAACAAGCCCUACUUUAACGAAGACAGCAUGACGUGCGUUCCCUGGAACCAGUGUGGCUGCUAUGAUGACAAAGGCAACCAUUACGAUGACGGAGCUAAGGUUCCAGCAGAAAACUGUUACACUUGCUCCUGUACAGUCAGUAAAAUAAGCUGCCACUACGAUGUGAACUACUGUAAAUGCUAUGUUAAUGGCAAAACCUAUGACUAUGGGGAAACCAUUUACAACACCACGGAUGGGAUAGGACACUGCCUGACAGCCAAGUGUGGAGUCAAUGGGACUGUUACCAGGGAAAUCUACCCUUGCACUACUGUGGCAACCCCUGGUCCUCCAACUACCCCCUUUACAUUCAGCACGACUGGACCGACAACUACAGUUGUUGUCAGUACAUCACUGCCAACCACCACAAGUGGGACCACAGCAAGACCUGUAGAAACAACCACAUCUGAAGAGACAACUGCAAAGACAGAGACAACACAACCACCAACAGAAGGAACUACUAGCCCAGUUACGAAGUCCAAACACCUUAGCUACUACAACCGGCAGCACAGCACCAUGGAACUCCAGGAAAUACACCCCACCAAAGGUGAGCCCUCCUUGGCUGCAGACAUUGGCUCUUAG